CGUGUCCAGUCCCCUGAGGGGGUGAAGCGGAUCACAGCAACAAAGAGAGAAACAGCUGCAACGUUUUUGAAAAAGGUUGCGAAGGAAUUUGGCUUCCAAAACAACGGCUUCUCGGUUUACAUCAACAGAAACAAGACUGGAGAGAUAACAGCCUCAUCCAACAAGUCCCUCAGCGUGCUGAAAAUCAAACACGGCGACCUGCUGUUCCUGUUCCCCUCGAGCCUUGCGGGGCCCUCCUCCGAGAUGGAGACGUCCACCCUGCUGGGGCUGAAGGCCUGCGGGGCGCCCAGCGUGGUGGAGGACGAGAUCGAUCAAUACCUGAGCAAGCAGGAUGGGAAGAUCUACCGGAGCCGUGACCCCCAGCUGUGUCGCCAUGGCCCUCUGGGGAAAUGUGUACACUGCGUCCCGCUCGAGCCGUUCGAUGAGGACUACCUGAACCACCUCGAGCCUCCAGUGAAGCACAUGUCCUUCCACGCCUACAUCCGGAAGCUGACCGGAGGGGCCGACAAGGGGAAGUUCGUUGCCCUGGAGAACAUCAGCUGCAAGAUCAAGUCAGGCUGUGAGGGACACCUCCCGUGGCCAAAUGGCAUCUGUACCAAGUGCCAGCCCAGUGCCCUCACCCUGAACAGACAGAAAUACAGGCACGUGGACAACAUCAUGUUUGAGAACCACACGGUGGCAGAUCGCUUCCUCGACUUCUGGAGAAAGACAGGGAACCAGCAUUUCGGGUACUUGUACGGCCGGUACACGGAGCACCGAGACAUACCUCUUGGCAUCAGAGCAGAGGUGGCUGCCAUCUACGAGCCCCCCCAGAUCGGAACCCAGAGCAGCCUGGAGCUCCUUGAAGACCCGAAAGCCGAGGUGGUCGAUGAGAUCGCCGCCAAGCUUGGCCUGAGGAAGGUCGGCUGGAUAUUUACAGAUCUCGUGUCUGAAGACACCCGGAAGGGCACGGUGCGAUACAGCCGUAACAAGGACACCUAUUUCCUGAGCUCCGAGGAGUGCAUCACCGCAGGCGACUUCCAGAACCAGCACCCCAAUGUCUGCCGGCUCUCCCCGGAUGGGCACUUCGGGUCUAAGUUUGUCACUGCAGUGGCCACAGGUGGCCCCGACAAUCAGGUCCACUUUGAAGGGUACCAAGUGUCCAACCAGUGCAUGGCCCUGGUCCGUGAUGAUUGUCUGCUGCCAUGCAAAGACGCCCCUGAGUUGGGCUAUGUGAAGGAGUCCAGCAGCGAGCAGUAUGUGCCCGACGUGUUUUACAAGGACAUUGACAAGUUUGGCAACGAGAUCACCCAGCUGGCGCGUCCCCUGCCUGUGGAGUACCUAAUCAUCGAUAUCACCACGACCUUCCCCAAGGACCCAGUUCACACGUUUUCUAUCUCGCAAACCCCCUUUCCUAUCGAGAACCGGGGCGUGUUGGGUGAGACGCAGGAUUUCCACAGCCUGGCCACCUACUUGUCCCAUAACACCUCAUCUGUGUUUCUGGACACCAUCUCGGACUUCCACCUCCUGCUCUUCCUGGUUACCAAUGAGGUCAUGCCCCUGCAGGACAGCAUCAGCUUGCUGCUGGAGGCUGUGAGGACCAGGGACGAGGAGCUGGCGCAGACGUGGAAGAAGUCUGAACAGUGGGCCACCAUUGAGCAGCUCUGCAGCACUGUUGGCCUGCAGCUUCCAGGCCUCCAGGACUUCGGUGCCGUCGGGGGCUCCACGCACACUGCCACCUCUGCCGCCAUGUGGGCCUGCCAGCACUGCACCUUUGUGAACCCGCCAGGCACGGGCCACUGCGAGAUGUGCAGCCUGCCCAGGACCUAAAGCUGCCCACCACAGGACGCCCCAGCCCUUGGGCCAGGGGCAGCAGGGGGAGGGCCUCCCACUAGGCUGUGGGCCACAGCACCCAUGCUGCCUGCCCCCAGGCCAGGGCCGAGCCAGGGGCUGGAUGCUGCUCCGCCUCUCUCCCCAGUGCUUUGUUCCCUCCUGCCCUGCCCCAUCCGUGGUCAGUGGGCACACUCGGCCCAUGUCCUGUCGUUGUUCUGGGAGGUUCCUCCUCCAGACAGACAGCCACUGUCUAGCAGACUCACAGGGGCCUGGCUACCGCCUCCCCUCCCCCACCCCCACCCCUUCCUGGACCAGGGGCGUCUCCAUUCGGCAUCAGCUGUAAUAACAGUUCCUGGGGACUCCUGCCCAGAGGACUUUUAUUUAUUUUUUUAAGAUAAAAACUGCACAAAGAGGAGAGAGACUAGUUUCCAGGUCAUUCCUUCUCUGGGGUCCCUCUGGGGACCCUCUGGGGAUGUGUCCCUGCAGGUGGGUGGCCAGGGACCCACCGUCAUUGACCCUUCAAUGAACCUCAGUGCCUGAGACGUCCCGCCACGCUGCAUGCUGACAGCUCCAGGCGAGGGCCCUUCACCCAGCACACCCUUCCCGCCCUCGUCCCCCGACUCGGGAACACCACACACAGGUGCCAGGUUCAGUCCCCGAGGGUGGUAGCUGUGCUGUAGGCCGUGGGACCGAGGCCAGAGGUGCCCUGGGACCUGCUAUGCCUCUUUGCCUUAAUGGCAGCUGGGUCUCCACACCACCUGGUGCCCACGAGUAUGGGCAGUCUCCCCACGUGGCUUGGGCCCCUCCCUCCUUGGGGCAUAGUGGGGACAGGAGGCCCCUGGCCUAAGAAUAAGGCCAGGCAAGGCUCUGUCAGAUGCCCAGCCUCUCUCUGCUGCCGGGGAGCGUGGGGGGCCCGGGGCCCACCCACUGUAUGUCGCCAGCACCAUCUGCACCCUGAGCUGUGCUAGUGACUCGGGUCACAAUGCCACCCACCCCUUCCUGUCUCUGCCGCCCUGCCCUCCCUUUCCUCAUGUCCACACCCACACCUCUCUUUUCUAUCUUCUGGUCAAGAAAAGGUGUCUGCAGAGUGCUGCCCAGUGGAGUGGAAUGGCUCAGUGCCCUGUGGCAAGGCUGAGCCACCUGCACCUGCCAGUGACCGUGCAGUUGCCAUGCCCGCCACCUGAGGUCACUCUGGAGACCAGGCGCUCCUCCCUGUCAGCUCUGGGCUUGCUGGGUGCUGUGGGCUGGGUCUGCAUUCCUGCCCCAACCUGCAGUGGAACCUAAUAAAAGCACCUGAUGUGA